CUUAGUGUGUGGAAGGAGAAAGUCUCACUUGCAGCAGAAAUUUGUAUUCUCUUUCCUUGACUUAAUCCAAUUUCGUUGAACAAAAUUUGAGAAUUUUCAUCGAUCGCUAAAUAUACACACUGUUCAACAAAAUCUGAUUCAAGCAAUAAUUAGGCAUGGAAUCGGAGUUGAUACUUCAUGAAGGUGGAUGUCAUUGUGGGAAAGUGAAAUGGAGAGUUAAAGCAGCAACAAGUGUGGUGGCUUGGAGAUGCAAUUGCUCAGAUUGUUCAAUGAGAGGCAAUAUUCACUUUAUUGUUCCUUCAAGCAACUUUGAGCUUCUUGAUGAUUCCAAAGACUUCAUUACUACUUACACUUUUGGGACUCAUACGGCCAAGCAUACCUUCUGCAAGGUUUGUGGGAUCACAUCGUUUUAUAUCCCGAGGUCUAACCCCGAUGGAGUCGCUGUCACAGUUAAGUGUGUCAAGUCAGGGACACUGGAUCACGUCGAGGUCAAAAGCUAUGAUGGUCAGAACUGGGAAGUGUCGCACAAAAAGACCGGUAUUGCCUCGUUUUCUAAGGAGUGAUAUGAUAAGAUCAACUCAAGAUUGUAAUGGCUAAGAAAAAAAGAGAAAGAAUCUAAAACAGUCAUGGAGAAACAAUUUGGAAACAAUUCUGCCUAAACCCUUUUGAGAAUAAUGCUCAGGGUUUUGA